AUGCACCUCGCGCUCACGGCUCAAACAAUCAACGCGGAAGAGGCGCUGCGGCUGGGAUUGGUUCAAAGCGUGUUUCCAUCGCAGCGCGAGCUUAUGGAUCACGUCCAGAGCGUAGCAGAGGCGAUUGCUGGCAAGUCGCCGCUGGCAGUGACGGGAACGAAGGCCGUGCUGCGGCAUGCGCGCGAUCAUAGCGUGGCGGAUGGGCUGGAAUACGUAGCUACGUGGAACGCCGCCAUGCUGCUCUCAGACGAUCUGGCUGCCGUUGUGAAGGCACUCGGCACGCGCAAACCGCCGGUCUUCUCGAGAAUCCUGCCCUUCCCCCCUCCCUUUCGUCGUUCCCUAGAAACCCUUAUCCUUACGUUACAGCUGUACCGUCCGUCGAGCGGCAACAACAUCGGCAAGGUGCUGCAGAAGCAGGCCACGAGGAGCCUUCCGCGACUCACGCUCGAAUCCAAGGUGCUAUGGACGUACCUGCGCAGCCCCCUGUGGGUGGCGGGGCUGGUCAUUGACGUGGGCGGUGGGCUGCUCAUGCUGCAAGCCGUGGCUUCCGCUCCUGUAUCCAUAGUGCAGCCGGUGUCAACGUCAGGGCUGGCUCUCAUGGCACUCUUCUCGCACCUCUACCUGCACGAGCCCAUGUGCCUCGCCGACUGGGCCGGCAUCCUGCUCUGCAUCCUCGGCACCGUUGCGGUGGGUGUCUCAUCUGAGAACCCUUUGCCGUCCGCCCCGCCUCCCCAACUCUCCCUGCGGCACCUCAUGGCGUUUGUCUUUUGGGUCGUGCUACUCAUGGUAGUGUUAGAGUGGUGUGCCACAGCAAGCAAGGCCAAGCGGAAAGUCAAAGACCCUCCCCUCUCCUCUCAGGGCGCUUUAGGAGCAGAUGUGGUGGAGGAGCUAGCAGCAGGGACACAAGCCGGUGCCUUUUUUGGGCUGUCAGCAGCAGCAGUCAAGACGGGCAUGUUGCUGGCAACAGGAGGCCCGCCUGUCUUUGCUCUCCUUGGGAUUGCCGUGGGCGUCAGUCUCAGCAGCUUCGGGUUUUUCUGCCAGACGCGGGGUUUUAAGGAGGGGCGGGCAGUGGUGGUGUCCACAUGUGCGGCUGUAGCAGCCAUGCUCACGGCUGUAGCAGCGGGCAUGGCAGGCCUGGGGGAGGACCUCCCUGCCAACGCGCGCCUGCGCAUGUGGCGAUUCCUCGGCUGGGCCUUAAUUCUCUUUGGGAUUGUACUGCUUGUGGCUGCCAAGCCGCCUGACCUUGUGGGCCUAGCCAAGGCCGACGCAGCCCGCCGCAAACCUCUGCACCCCUCUCCCCGCGCACCCAACCGCUCCACUUCGCCCAGUGGACUCUCGAUAGGCAUUACAGCUGCGUGUAACCACGACUACUCACGGAGAACGAUGGUUCCGGUAGGGAACCAUCGGCGCUUCACCGUGACGGCCCCGCUAGUGCAGCUUUUGCUGCUGAUAGCUCUCGUCAACAGCGCGGCGAGUCUCGCGCCACCACCAAGGAGUGCCAAGUGCGAUUAUUCCAACGGCUUAUGGAUGCGAGGCGGCAAGCGCUUCCCGCGCUACACGACGACGGACGGCCAGAAGCGUGUCAAGUGCCCGUACGUACGGAGCGAGUACUCGUGCGAGCGUAACAACCGGCCCGACUGGCAUUACAAGCUGUUCCGGUGGCAGCCGUACGGUUGCUCGCUGUCGUACUUCAGCCCGUCGGGUUUCAAGUACAUAAUGAAGAACAAGAAAAUGCUGCUGGUGGGCGACUCCAUGAUGUCCAACUUUCACGAGGCGCUGCUGUGCGCCAUCCACACGGGCGGGUACAGCGGCCAGCCGUACACGGUGGACAUCGGCAUGUCGAACGGCAUCAAGGGCAUGCGCUUCCCGGCCUUCUCCUUCUCCCUCGAGUACUACAACUCGCAGUACAUCGUCUACUCCAAGCGCCAGACCACCUACUCCGCCAAGCGCGGCGGCCACGCCUUUGAAGUCAACGUCGACAAGAUGGACCCGGGGUUAGAGUCCGUUCUGGGGAAGUACGAUGUUGUGGUGUUUGCCUCGGGGGUGUGGUGGCUGCAGAACGUGCCACGCCGCACGCAGCCGAAUAUCUUCCUUGUGAACGGGCAGGAGCGGAACCUUUCGAACAUUGCUGCGCACCAAUGGGGGCUCUCAACCGUGGUUAAUUCCAUCAAGAAUAUGAAUUUCCGGGGCGUGCCGAUGUUUCUCUCGUUCUCGCCGAACCACUCGGGAGCGAAAGGAAACCCCCAGAAAGGAGUGAUGCUGGGGAGGGGAGCCCAUACGGACUGGAUUGGGGCCUGUGGAGCCUGGUAUCCUAUCAGCAGCACGAAAAAGUACUCGUAUUCAGUCGAUACUGCAAACGAGUACAGGGAUGCGCAGAAGUCUACACUCUCUGGUACACCCAUUCGGUUUAUUCAACUCACUGACUUGAGUGCGGUGCGACCUGAUGGGCACUUGGGGCCGUGGUACGAGUGGAGGGAGAACAAGGGAAGCAAGUCGCCUGGAGGGCAGGGGGAACCGCCGUUCAGUGGGGAUUGCACGCACUGGUGCCUGCCUGGGGUUCCCGACACCUGGGUUGAUAUGCUCUACACGCACCUGCUUCUGGAGCCUUCGAUUUUCUAG